AUGUCUAAAAGCUUAGACAGAGGAUCUAAUAAACUGACCUCUUCUUCUUCUUCUUCUUCUUCUUCUUCUUCUUUGCUUAAUAAGUCAAUUCCAAUAUUUAAAGAAGUAAAGCAUAAUAUAUUAUUACUGAAUGUUGAAGAUGAAUCAGAGUUAGUGUCUGAUACAUGUGAAGAUAUGGGUGUUUCUAUAAUUGAAGCUGAUUUUACUUGGAACUCAAAUGCCAUCCUAUAUACCAAUGAUCCUAAUAAUUUACUUUUACAAUAUGCUUGGAAACAAUGCCCAAAUCCAAAUGAUUUACAUGCAACAUGGCUUGAAGAAAAAAUAGUCACAACAGAAUUUAAAGGCUACAUGUACCCUGAGCCAACACCCAAUGGCAUCGAUUUAUGUAUUUAUUUUUAUGAUGGGCAAGAUGAUGAAAGGACAAAGAAAGAUUUGCUUCUACUCUGCACAUUACGUCAGCUAGGG